UAAAUUAUGACGAUCAGGUCGAAACUACAUGUCCCAGCAAGUAGAAAAAAUUUUCAAUUUACCUUUCUAUCCGGAGAAUAACAUGGGAAAAAUAUUAAGAUGUUUCUCCGUAUACAGCAAUACAAAAAACAUAUUUAAUACAAAAUUAGAAGCCGGUACAAUACCAGUCAUUCAUGGCUUAAAAGUUUUAAGCAUGUAUUGCUUAAUCGUGUUGCACACCCUAUAUUUUUCAUGGGAUACUCUCGACAAUAAAGUAGAAGUAUGGAGAUUCCUCGAAGAUCAUAUGUAUUUAAUGGACAUAGCAGUUCUAGGAGUCGAAGUAUUCUUUUUGUCAAGUGGCUGUUUUAUAACGUAUUCAUAUUUGCGACAACAACCGAGCGCAAAAAAGGAGCUUCAAAAUUACAGACAGAAGAUAAUAUAUCUUCUCACACAUACAACAAAAAGAUUUAUAAGGUUGACGCCGGCUUACAUGAUAGUGAUUGGACUAUCACAAUUAAGUUCUGAUUGGUUCGAUAAGACAUCGCAAUUUUACAUGUAUGAGAGGUCGCACGAAACUUGUCCAAAGCACUGGUGGAUAAAUCUUUUGUACAUAAAUAAUCUUUUUCCUCUUGAUGACAUGUGCCUGAGUUGGAGCUGGUAUCUAGCUAAUGAUAUGCAAUUUUACAUACUCGCUACCAUGCUGUUGAUUUUUUCGACUGUAUACUUUUACGUUGCUGUUACGAUAUUGAGUGUACUUUUAAUAGGCUCUACUAUUCUUAGCGGUUAUAUUUCAUACGUUCACAAAUAUACUCUGAUGUUAACUGAACUUGCUGAACUUAUACAUGUGAUAUAUACACCACCAUGGAUGAGAAUAAAUCCAUAUAUUAUUGGAAUGAUUGUAGGUUACGUUUUAGCAAAAUUGAACAAUACUUUGGUCUUGAAAAGGAAAAUUAUAAUGUUGUGUUGGUUGCUUGCUAGUGUUUGCAUUAUUGGUGUAUUAUUUGUGUUUUACAAGCAACGCCCAUCCGUUCUGGCUAGUGCUAUUUAUGCAGCACUACACAAAAUAAUUUGGGCUAUAGGUAUAGCAUGGAUUGUAAUAGCGUGUUCCACUAACCACGGAGGAAUCGUUAAUCAGUUACUAUCGUUCAAAGGCUGGAUCCCUUUCAGUAGGCUCACGUACUGUGCUUAUCUUUUAAAUCCAAUCAUUAUACGGUCAAUAAAUUUCUACAGCGAUACUUCAACGCAUUUUGAAUGUCUGUCUUUGGUUAUUUUGAGUGUGGCAUAUACGGCAAUCAUUUAUUGUUGUUCUUACAUACUCUCUCAUUAAAUAUUCGGUAUGCACACAAUAACACAAAAUUCUUGUAAAAUAAAAUCUGUAUCUAUUGUGUAUAUUUAUCAAAGUUUUUAAUACCUAAUCAUCGAAUCAUAUAAUACUUCUACAGUUUAUUUUAUCUCAUUUAAUUUAUGUAUGUAAUUGCAACGAAAGAGAUUGUUAAUAAAUUUAUUAUUUCUGUUUACUAGUCAUAUUCCAACUUAUAGACCUACCUAUUCAUUUUCUACCUACUCAUGUUUCAACAUAAUUGCGCCAGUGGGAUUUAAUAGGGGUUUCAAUCUCGCACAUAUGCGAGAAUAUGUAUGUAUAUAGAAGCAUAUACAUAUAACCCACCCGAAUUGUAACCAAUAAAAAGAAAUCAAAGUAUACUUCGUACACCCUGCCGAAAAUGGUCGAUUAAAACCGAUUAAGACAAAAAGUAAUCCAAAUUGAUCGGGAUUUCUGCACCGAAAAUACGGUAUUAAAACCGAUUGAAAAUAUAACCUCUGUGAAGCUAGCACCCCCACCACCAAAAAAAUAACUUUAGUCUACGGCAUAAUUAAGUGCUAAUUUUGUGCUAAUUUGUUGCUCUAGUUUCGAAUUUUGUGCUCCUACCCAUCCGCAGGAAAUUAAUAGCAAAAGUGGGGGUGCUGGCUUCACGUUAAGCUAGCACCCACAUACCUGAAAAACACGUAUAAAAUAGCGUAAACAAAAAAAUUGAUAUACCAGAAUUUUGUGCUAAUUUUGUGCUUUUAAGAUAUCCAUAUCCGGAAUUUGGUGCUCCUUGUUUAAUAUUUAAAAAAACGCAUAAAGAGUUCGGCGGUACUAAUGUCCGACAAGAGUAAAGUACAUUAAAGAAAUUAGUUGCUGGGUCGUUGUGCGUACCAAAAUAACGAUAAAAUUAUGUGCUUCUAAGAUAUGCAUAUCCGGAAUUUGGUGCUCCUUGUUUAAUAUUUAAAAAAAACCCAUAAAGAGUGUGGCGGAGCUGGCGUCACGACAAGAGUAAAGUACGUUAAAGAACUUAGUUGCUGGGUCGUUGUGCAUACUAAAAUAACGGUAAAAUUAUGUGCUUCUAAGAUAUGCAUAUCCGGAAUUUGGUGCUCCUUGUUUAA